UAUUUUUUUGGUGUGGACUGUGUAUCUUCACCACAAUUGAAUAGACUAAUCCAUCGAACGGUUAGAAUUGCAAUGUGUAACAAAGCUCACUCACAAAAUAUUUGAUUGGUGUUAGAUUUGAACCAUGACUUCCGAUUAAGUUGCAAGAGUUUGAGUCAAUAAAAGGGUGCAUGCAAGGUUUCCUCUUCCUUGCAUUGAGUUUUUUCUUUUCCUUCUUGUCUUCAUAAUCACAAGUCUCUGCAGUCCAGGUUCAUAUUCAAAUUACCUUCAAAAUCUUUCUAACAUGGCCACCAACAUGUUAUAUAACAACACCACGUGUGGAAUCUCUUUCCCUCACCAAUCUCUCCACGUCUCUUUCUGCUCAAACCUUUCCACCUUCCCUCACAAGACCGUAAAAUAUGUUGUUGGGGUGGACCAGAACAGAAGAGGAAGAAUAACUGUGAAGUCAAAAACCGUUUCUGAUAAUGAUGAUUUAGAAGUUGAUAUUUCAUUGAGUCCACGUGUCAAUGCUGUGAAACCUUCAAGGACUGUGGCUAUAACCGAUCAAGCAACCGCUCUUGUUCAAGCUGGCGUUCCAGUUAUUCUCUUGGCGGCUGGUGAGCCUGAUUUUGAUUCACCUGCUGUCAUAGCUCAGGCUGGGAUUAAUGCAAUACAUGAAGGACAAACAAGGUACACCCCUAAUGCGGGAACUUUAGAAUUGCGCCAAGCAAUUUGUCAUAAACUAAAAGAGGAGAAUGAAAUUGCUUAUACUCCUGAUCAGGUUAUUGUUAGUAAUGGAGCCAAGCAGAGUAUUGCUCAAGCAAUGCUUGCAGUUUGCUCCCCAGGAGAUGAGGUCAUUAUUCCAGCUCCAUUCUAUGUUAGUUACCCAGAAAUGGCAAGGAUGGCUGAUGCAACACCCGUUAUCCUUCCAACGUCGAUAUCUGAUAAUUUCCUUUUAGAUCCCAAACUUCUUGAAUCCAUAAUUACUGAAAGGUCAAGAGUGCUUAUUCUUUGUUCGCCGUCUAACCCGACAGGAUCUGUCUAUCCAAAGAAAUUACUUGAAGAGAUAGCCCAUAUUGUAGCAAAGCACCCAAGGCUUUUGGUUAUCUCUGAUGAAAUUUAUGAACACAUAAUUUAUGCACCAGCAACACACACUAGCUUUGCAUCUUUACCGGGGAUGUGGGGUAAAACUCUAACCGUGAAUGGAUUUUCUAAGCCCUUUGCAAUGACUGGUUGGCGGCUUGGUUAUAUUGCAGGCCCGAAACAUUUUAUUUCAGCAUGUGGAAAGAUUCAAAGUCAGUUUACUUCGGGGGCCAGUAGUAUAUCUCAGAAAGCUGCAGUUGCUGCAUUAGGACUAGGCUAUGCUGGUGGAGAGGUUGUUUCUACCAUGGUGAAAGCAUUUAGAGAACGAAGGAAUUACUUGGUUAAAAGUUUUAGGGAAAUCGAUGGUGUUGAAAUAUCCGAACCACAGGGAGCAUUUUAUUUAUUCAUUGAUAUCAGCUCCUAUUAUGGAAGAGAAGCUGAAGGUUUUGGCAAAAUUGAGGAUUCUGAGUCUCUCUGUCAAUAUUUGUUGCAUAAAGGCCAGGUCGCACUAGUGCCAGGGAGUGCAUCUGGAGACGAUACUUGCAUUCGCAUCUCUUAUGCAGCAUCACUUCCUACCCUACAGGCAGCUGUAGAGAGAAUUAAGCAAGCACUUAUCAAUCUUACCUCAGCUGGACUUGUUUAGUUGUUAGUCUUGUUGUCAUGUGUGUAUUUUAUUUUUGGGUUUGUUAUGUGUAAAGUUUAUUGUAAAAAUAAUUGGUUAUGGCAUAGAAAAACCACUGAAGACCAGUUUUACUGAGUGACACUUUAUUAGAACUCGAUGAAAAUACUCAA